UCCGCGCGCCACCACUACGUCAGUAUAGGGCGCAGGUCGUGAUAGUGUGAUCUGUUCCUAAAGUUCGGUUUUGAUUGUCCCCUGUGAGCCAUGGAGAGUGACUUUUACCUACGUUACUACGUGGGUCACAAAGGCAAGUUCGGUCAUGAGUUCCUGGAGUUUGAAUUCCGACCUGACGGAAAACUUCGAUAUGCCAACAACAGCAAUUACAAAAAUGAUGUCAUGAUCAGAAAAGAGGCGUAUGUUCAUAAAAGUGUGAUGGAAGAAUUAAAGAGGAUUAUUGACGACAGUGAAAUCACCAAAGAAGAUGAUGCUCUGUGGCCCCCUCCUGACCGAGUAGGCCGGCAGGAGCUUGAAAUUGUCAUUGGUGAUGAACACAUUUCUUUUACAACAUCAAAAAUUGGUUCCCUUAUUGAUGUCAACCAGUCUAAGGAUCCAGAAGGUUUACGAGUGUUUUAUUAUCUUGUCCAGGACCUGAAGUGUUUAGUCUUUAGUCUUAUUGGAUUACACUUCAAGAUUAAACCAAUCUAGAUUGGAUAUUGUGGACAUGAGGGGGGUGGGAAUUUUUAGUUACCAUAAUUAGGAAUUUUUCUCUGUAUAUUGGGGCAAUUUUUAUAAACAAUAAAUGAUGGUCUUUAAUAAAUUGAUAACAGCUA